CUCCGCACUUCGGCGCGAGCAUCGGAUAUGGAGGUCGAUGUCGGCUCUGACCCGCCCGGCAUCGAGAUGAGUGAAUUAGUAUUCCCCGCAAAUCGGGACGCACCUGUAGAGGCACAGGCGGGCUUUAAUAGAUCUGAGUGAGUCUUCUGCUGGAGGUUCUUGCGAGUAUGCCAUUUGCUUGACCUACCAUUUCUGUGUUAUACGAAGAACGCAACAAAACUCAAGACCGCAAUAAUCAUGGGUUCCAUCGUCGCAACCACUGCUCAGAAGAGUCGAGCAAAAGCCUGCUCGCCUUUGAGCGGUGCAGCACGUCUUCGAGAGAUGUUGAAGGAUCGGUCAAAAGUCGUGGUAUGCCCUGGCGUCUUCGACGGAUUGAGUGCCCGCGUGGCUCUUUCAAUGGGGUUUGACGCCUUGUACAUGACAGGAGCAGGCACUUCCAUGUCAAGACUCGGUUGGGCAGAUUUGGGCAUAGCACACCUGACCGACAUGAGAGAAAAUGCAGAGAUGAUCGCAUCGCUCGACCCGGAUGUUCCUCUGAUUGCAGAUGCAGACACCGGAUAUGGCGGGCCCAUCAUGGUAACAAGAACGGUCACUCAGUAUGCCCGCUCGGGCGUUGCGGCGUUGCAUAUCGAAGACCAGGUACAAGAAAAGAGGUGCGGACAUCUCUUGGGCAAAGAAAUCGUGGACCGCGAAGUCUACUAUAGCCGACUCCGAGCUGCAGUGGCGGCGCGAGAUGCGUUGCAGUCCGACAUUGUCAUUAUCGCUCGAACAGAUUCGUUGCAAACAUAUGGCUUUGAGGAAGCAAUCGGGCGUCUGCAGGAAGCGGUCAAGAUCGGAGUCGAUGUCGUCUUCCUCGAAGCUCUUCGAAGCAAAGAGGAAAUGGCAAAGGUAUGCAAAAUCAUGGGAGACAUUCCGGUGCUGCUCAAUGUCGUUCCAAAUGGUGUGACUCCUGAAUUGUCGAUCGAAGAAGCACGGCAGAUCGGCUUUCGAAUCAUGAUCUUUCCAGGAGUUUGCCUUGGUCCGGUGGUCAAAACUGUCGCUCAUGAGCUUGGGGUUCUGCAGAAGACCGGAAAGAUUUCUCCAUCAGAUGCUUCGAACAGCCCCAAGGAAGUCUUCAAUCUCUGCGGCUUGCAAGAAUGCAUCAAAAUUGAUCAGGAGGCUGGAGGAAAAGCGUAUGCCACUGUUGGCAACUGAGCACAACACGAUGACCACAAAAAGGGUGACAAUGUUCCUGAGAAGUCAGUAGACCGCCCCAUGGCUUAGUGCAGCUCUG